AUGUCCUUGAUCUUUCGUCGUGGAAUCGCAAAUAUGGCAAGCUUGAAGAACGCCUCAAAAGUUGUUUGUGUUGGCAGAAAUUAUGCCGAUCAUAUCAAAGAAUUGAAUAGCGCGAGACCGAAGCAGCCAUUCUUCUUCUUGAAGCCACCGAGCAGUAUCCUGUUGAAGGAUGACGGACCAGUAAUUCGACCAAGAGGCGUAGAUCUGCAUUAUGAGGUCGAAUUGGCUUUGAUUAUGGGAAAGAAGGUCAAGGACAUUGAGGAAUCGGACGAAAAGGGCAUUUUCGAUGCUAUUGAGAGCUAUGCUUUGAGCAUCGACAUGACAGCACGAAAUUCUCAAAACGAGGCCAAGAAAAAGGGUCUACCCUGGAGCAUUGCUAAGGGAUUCGAUACUUUCCUCCCAAUCUCAGACAUCAUUCCCAAGUCGGACAUCCCAGAUCCUCACAAAGUCGACAUCUACCUCACCGUCAACAACGAACACAGACAAGCGGAUUCGACCGAGUUGUUCCUCUUCCAGAUCCCAAGGCUAGUCAGUGAUAUCUCAAAGGUCAUGACUCUAGAGAAGGGAGACAUUAUCUUGACCGGUACACCAAAGGGUGUUGGACCAGUUGUGCCAGGAGAUAUCAUGCGAGCAGGAUUGAAAGUUGGGGGCAAGGAGUUGGACGCCGCAAAGAUUGAGGUUGCAGUUGAGGAAUCAACAAGCACAUAUGAAUACGCUGAGACAUAG